UUUUACGAACAAAAUCGUCGAUCGAAAAGCGACGACGAGAAGAGGUAACAUGAGUAACAUGCAGUUUGACACAUAUGGAAUAAUUCGUCGUGCAACACGUCAACGAAAAGUAAAACGUGAAUUAGAUAAUGUUUAUAGGAAAAUAACUGUGCAAUAAAUGUAAAGAUAAGACAAAACAUACUUUUCAAAAUGAAGCUAGUAUACAGAAAUGUAGAUAAAGAUGGGAAGGGGAGUGUAGCUCUUGUCCCUGAAAACACAGAGGACGUGUGGCACGCCUACAAUCUCAUAAGCGAAGGAGACUUCGUAAGUUGUUCUACUAUUAGAAAAGUGCAAAUGGAAUCUGCAACCGGCAGUUCCAACAGUUACAGAGUUAGGACUACUCUUACUAUAUGUGUAGAAAAUAUCGAUUUUGAUACGCAAGCAUGUGUUCUAAGACUUAAAGGUAGAAAUGUGGAAGAGAAUAAGUAUGUCAAGAUGGGAGCAUAUCAUACACUUGAUGUCGAACAGAAUCGAAAAUUUACCAUCAACAAAGUUAACGGAUGGGAUUCUAUUUCUCUGGAGAGAGUCGACACCGCAUGCGAUGUUGCACAGAACGCCGACGUGGCUGCUGCAAUUAUGCAAGAAGGUAUAGCGCACAUUUGUUUAAUAACUUCAAAUAUGACAAUAGUUCGUACAAAAAUCGAUCAGGUCAUACCGAGAAAAAGAAAAGGAAAUGUUUCCCAGCACGAAAAGGGAUUGGCGCGAUUUUACGAGAGCAUUAUGCAAGGCAUAUUGAGACACGUCAAUUUCGAUCUAGUGAAAUGCAUUAUCCUCGCCAGUCCUGGUUUUGUGAAAGAUCAGUUCAUGGAUUACAUGAUACAACAAGCUAUUAAAUCUGAUAAUAAAGUCAUCAUAGAGAAUAAAAGUAAAUUUCUGCUAGUUCAUGCUAGUUCGGGUUUCAAACAUUCGUUGAAAGAAGUCCUGGCCGAUCCUGCUGUAAUCUCGCGAAUUUCUGAGACGAAAGCGGCGGGAGAAGUAAGGGCUCUGGAAGUAUUUUAUACUACAUUACAGACGGAUCCCGCUCGUGCAUUUUACGGCAAGAAACAUGUUCAGAAAGCCUGUGCUGCUCAAGCAGUGGAAACUCUGCUUAUAUCGGACAAAUUAUUCAGAUGCCAAGACAUAGCGCUAAGAAAGGAAUACGUUGAAAUAGUUGAAAGUGUUAAAGACUCUGGCGGUGAUGUCAAAAUAUUUUCGAGUCUACACGUGUCGGGCGAACAAUUAGAUCAAUUAACUGGAAUAGCGGCUUUGUUACGUUUUCCUAUGCCGGAACUGGAAGACGAGAGCGAUGAGGAUAGCGAUUCGGAAGAAGAAUAGGAAAAAUAACUACUGAAACGAUUUUGUAUAUAUAUCCUGUGCUACGCGCAAUCAAAACAAUCAUUGAUAAUAAAACAAAAAAUGACAUUUGUAUU